CCCAGGUUCAAAAGUUUGCCCUGAUGUGUAUUUAUCGAGCCGAAACCAGAAAUAGGACGAGCAUUGCCCAGUUCAACGUAAAGGACAUCAACUUCACCCUGUGUACACAUUAUCUUUAUGCUUACGGAUGUGUUAACAGUUUUAAAUUAUUAUGUGCUGCGAGCCCUGAACUGGAGGAAGGGCCGACAGGAUAUUUUAGGAUGUUUAACGACGUUAAAAAGAUAAACCCAUCGACGAAGACAUUGCUGUCGAUUGGAGGGCCUUCCCUGAAAGUGUACCAGGCAUUCACCUCAAUGUCUGACGCAGAAAUCUACAUCUUUGCCAAAUCGGCGCUGCUGUUUCUGCGACACAGAGACUUUGAUGGUCUUGAUAUUGACUUGUCUUUUCCUCAUUGGUAUCAUCACAAAAGUACAUUGGAUAAAACUCUGCAGCUGUUGAGACGAGAGUUCGACAAAGACACGGUUAAGCCAUGCCUGUUGCUUACACUGACGGCCUCGGGUCUCGAAAGUGAUAUUCAGGCAAUCUACAAUGUGGAGAGUAUUAAGGAUUACGUCGAUUACGUCCUGGUGAAGUCCUACAAUCUCUACCUGCCACAGAUGUCUUAUACCCACUUCAACAGCCCGCUGUACACCAGGCGAAGCCAACCAGAACAUUACAUGCUCAAUAUGAACUUCUCCAUACACUUCUGGAGUUCUCUGGGAAUGCCGUUUGAUAAACUUGUGGUCGGUUUGACUGGAGUCGGUAGAUUCCUGCAGGCACCUAUCACAAAUACGAUCCUCCGAGGCUCCUACUACAAAAUACCGUCUGGACUUGCUUAUCCCGAGGUGUGUCUUAUGAAGGACACAUCGCAGAUCUACUUUGAUGACGUCCAGAAGUGCCCGUAUCUUGUCAGGCAGGACACCUGGGUGGGCUACGAUGAUGUCAGAAGUAUACAGGAGAAGCUAUCCUGGAUGACGAAAUUGCAUGUAGCUGGGGUCAUGUUUGCUGGUCUUGAUGAAGACGAUUUUACCGGAACGCUGUGCCAAGAUGGGAAAUAUCCUCUGUUGAAUUACAUCAAGGCUCAUAUACAGAAUAUAUCAACAACACUGAGACCAUCAACUCAGGCCCCACAGGAUCAUAGACAAGAAAACAACGAUCUGAGAUAUACUAAAAACUUCAUCAUUUUCGUAGUUUGCUGUCUUCUCGCUGGCCUUGCUGUUGGGCUAGCGGUUUUGUAUUUACUGAAACAGUUAGGCUAUAUUAAAAAAUAG